AAGGCUGCCUUGAUCCGUUUCUGGGUAAUUCAGUAAUGAAGGUAACCUCACAUCGAUCACUUCGGUUAACCAGCAGGUAGCGCUGCCUUGCGCACAGUGACCCGAAGCGGAAAAAAGUUUGAGUGUUGCCGAGAUUUAACGCUUGCGCAGAACAGGUUGCUCGUCCAGUUCCUCUGGUUGAUUUACCUGAGAGGUAACGUACGCCAGUUUCGGUUAAUAACAAAACGGAAGCGCUAACGCCGGGGUCGCGGGCCAUCAUUAAACCGAACCCGGACUUCGAUGAGCGAGUGAAAAAGUUCAUUCAAAAAUUGUUUUUAUUGCGGAACCGAUUAAGGACGGCAGUCGUGUUGCCCGUAUGCCGCUGGUCCUUCGAGGUAAGACGGGGAGCUCGUGACAGGUCCCGACUUUCCCCUGCUGCAUUGCACGGCUCAGUCCGGUAGACGCCGCCUUCGCCGUCACCGAGCGCCUGGGAAACAGCUGGAUGCCUUCCGAGCGUCGCCGUUAGCAGUCCGGUAUCGGUGCCGUUUUCCCUGCUCGAUUAAAGCGCCGCGUGGCCCCCCGUGGGGACAAGAUGAUGGGGUUUCUGCGCAGGACGUUUAGCCGUCGGUCAAGGAGACGUUUUCGGACGUCGGAUGAGCUGGACGGGAACGGCAGGAGCGGAAACUCGAUGCUUCAGGCGCACCAGCAGCAGGUGAUACACGCGCCGACUGUGGUGACCGGGGGAGCCGUUGUCCACAUCCCCGCGGCGGGCAACAGCAAAGACGCCAUCACGUGCAGAGUCCUGCUGCUGGACGGAUCGGAUGUUAAUGUGGAGUUACUGAAACACUCCAGGGGACAGGAUCUGUUUGAUCAGAUUAUGUAUCAUUUGGAUCUCGUGGAGGCUGAUUACUUUGGCCUGCAGUUCAUGGACCCAGAGCAGGUUGCGCACUGGCUGGAUGCAACCAAGCCCAUAAAGAAGCAGAUUAGAUAUGGACCUCCGUACAGAUUGUUUUUCAGGGUAAAGUUCUAUUCAUCAGAGCCCAAUAACCUUCAUGAAGAGUUUACAAGGUAUCUCUUCGUACUGCAGCUAAGACAAGACAUACUGUCCGGCAAGUUGAAAUGUCCGUAUGAUGUCUCUGUGGAGCUUGGAGCGUAUUGCUUACAGAGUGAACUUGGGGAUUGUGACCCAUCAGAACACUCUGUUAUAUUGGUCUCAGAGUUUCGGUUUUCACCCAAACAGACCGAGAUUAUGGAGGCAGACAUCUAUCGCAAAUGGGUUGAGAAUAGGGGAAUGAGCCCGUCUCAAGCCGAGGUGGAUUUUCUGAAUAAGUGCAAGUGGCUGGAGAUGUAUGGAGUGGACAUGCACUUUGUGAAGGGACGGGAUGGAGGAGAUUAUGCCCUAGGCCUCACACCAACUGGAAUUUUAGUGUUUGAGGGAUCCAGUAAAAUUGGUCUCUUCUUUUGGCCCAAAAUAACCCGUCUUGACUUCAAGAAGAACAGACUGACACUAGUAGUGGUGGAAGAUGAUGAGCAGGGCAGAGAGCAGGAGCACACGUUUGUGUUCCAGCUGUCGAGUUCUCGGGAAUGUAAGCACUUGUGGAAGUGUGCUGUCGAAAGCCAUGCCUUCUUCCGGCUCCGACAACCAACCCACAGCAAAACCAGCAACAGUGACUUCACACGCCUCGGCUCGCGGUUCAGAUUUAGUGGAAGGACUGAAUAUCAAGCCACACGUAGUGGUAAAGUCCGGAGGGCGAGCACUUUUGAGAGAAGACCGAGUAAAAGAUAUCCAUCACGAGCUCAAUCAUUGGGCAGGGCCAUCACUCCAGCAAAACAUCCACAUUUAAGCGCUCAGGCCAGCCCAAGCAUACAACCGUAUAAGCACAACAUUCCAGUUGCACAGGAACACUGGCAAAGAACACAUUCAUCUAGUUUGACCCCUCCUCUUUACAUACAGCCAAUGGAAAUGGGACCUGUUCCACCACCACACAGCUUUCCUUUGAGCAGUGCAGACACGCGAAGGUUCAGCGUUGAUGAAAAUGAAGCUCCACUCUCUGGGAAAACGCAUCGCUGCUUUCAUCACCCUGGUUACGAGAAGCAGGAAGCUCUUUGCAUCACGAAAGCUAAACCGAAAGCUUGGGUGGUGUCUCCUGGAUGCAACGAUGAGUUGGAUCAAUCUUUGCAUAGUCAGCACCAGCUGGAAACGGAACCUGCACUUUGGCCAGCCCUUCAUAUCAACAUAGACAUGGCAGAAGAAAAACCUCUUUCAGAGAAAAGUCUUCCUUCCUCCCCUGCGGUUUUACAAGAACGUCUCAAGAGCAACAUCUCAAAACGCACCACCCAAAGUGAUAGUGGAAACUCAAAGGGAAACUCUUCAAGUGGAGACCAAACUGACAGCAGGUAUCCCAGCUCAUCACAGGAUUCAGGAUCAAGCAGUCUGAAUAUAGAAAAGCCCAGCGUGGACCGGCGCAAACGCCUCGUCCGACAGUACAGUUUUAACCACAGUGAUGAAGAUGACCUCCCAGAAGCACUUGCUGCCAUCUCCUCCCAGUCCAGUAUGGGAAAAUCAACAUCAAAUAGCUCUUUGGACAAACAGGUCCAGCCACCAAUAUAUCCACCGCCAAAGGAUGUUCCACAGUUAGAGUGUUCUAACUCUCCGCUGUUCUAUCCCAGUCCUGUACCUCACCUGCUACCUUAUGCUACACACACACAGAGCUCUGAAGACCUGCGGAUGGACAGAGAAAAACUACUGAGGGCUCUAUUAAUGACAGAACUCUGAGGCAACACAUAACACGCACUUACGGACGAUAAGUCCUAAAUGAACUAAAGCCCUUAACUCAAUGCACUAGCUAAUUCACUGUUGCACACUAUAUGAAACUGAAUCAAACCUCCAAGAGCUAUUUUACUGAUAUUCCAAUACGACAAAGCAUUCACAGAAGCAUUUGUUCCAUGAUUAUUCUGUUAAUAGCAUGGCAUUGCCCCUGUCAUUUUUAUUAACUUACUAAAUUAAUUGUAAAUUUUGAAAAAAAUGUUAAAAUAUUUUCCUAAAUGUUUUAUAACACGGUUUUGAGGGGUUUGGGGUUAAAAGAGCAGAGUUUGUUUAAAUAGGUCAGACGUAAUGCAGUCAAUAUAUAGGCCUGCUGUGUUUUUGACUGUGUUCGGAAUAGGAUACUAUCAUCUUAACUAUUUCUGUGCAGGUAAAAUAAUCUACUUAAAAACUUCGGAUAAAAAGCUGCCUCAUAUUUUUUUAUUAUUUCAAAUUAGCUUUAUAGGUCAUUUGAACUGAACUGACUCGAGUUGAAUUUGAUAAAUUCAGACAUUUUAUAAGUCAGUUCUAUAUCUGUAAAUUCAAUUGAUUUAUAAAGAUAAUCUAAUUUAACUCAAACAUUUAAGGCAGCUGAAAUUGGUGGAUUUUUUUUACAGUGUGGAAUGCAUUAUACUGUGCAUAUCCAGCAAUGAAUUUUUCGAUAACCUACCACAUUUGCUGAAAUGUAGGGAUAUCCCUACUGUAUUUCAAUACAGCCAAGACAUUUUUACCUAAACUCAAAAUUACUUUUUAAGGAACAUGUUACAUGCUUUUCACUAUAAAACGUUAUGAUGUUAGCUAUUUGAAUACUACUGUUUUAAAUAUCUAAUCUUUGAACCAGUAGGUUGCUAGACUAUAUGCAGUAAGUAGUACACUAGGGGCGCGUUCCAUUGUGAAGGCUGCAUUUAUAGGCUGCAUACUUCAUCGAGAUUUAUUAAGUUUUAUUUCAGAUAAACAACAGUUUUAAGGUAAGAAUGAAACUACAGUGGUUAGGUGUAAUAAAUAAAUGUAAAUUUUAUCAUGUUUUUUAACUGAAAUAAGACAGCCUUGAUGACGUAUGCAGCAUUCACAUGAGGGACGUCCCGUAGUAUUCCAUUCCGAACAUGCGCUAAAAUGUCACGCAAUGUUUCUUAAUAUAUAUAUUUUGUGUAAACUGCUAGUUUUACGGCUACCAUUAAUAUACAAUUUUCAUAUAAAAACGAAAAUUUGUACAACAAACUGCUUUAUCACUCUUGUAAUACAACAGAGAAACGGAAGACGCGCCGAAGGGAAAAGUGUUGAAGCUCGCUUUGCCCACUAGAGGGCAAUAAAUACGCGAUUAAAACUUUAUUUUCUCGUUUACAACCUGCUGACGAUAAGAAAGAGCAAAUAUUUUGCUACAACCCCACUUUGAUUAUAAAAAUAUAUGUAACCUGCGUGGAAAUGUAUAUAGUCAGUGAUUAAGUCACUCAAUCCCUCAGAAAGGUUGUUAAUAAUUGCUUUAUUUUAAUUUUAAGUUAUAACAAAACAUCAAAAUAAAAUAAUACUUUCUCCAAACAA